CUCCGAGACUCAAAAUCACCGCGACGAGAUGUACAACCUACCCAACCGGUACACAGAGAGAAAACCCAUAGCAGUUUCAACUGCUAGAGCCAUCGAACCACCAUGGCAAAAGUCAUAUUCACCCCCUGGAAGGAACAUGCCCAAUUACUCGCCGUGCGGGGCCAAUUCUACCCUGCGCCCAUUUACGAUGGGCCGGACAUGCGCUCCAAGGCCUGCGCCACUGUUGGGGCGUGGAAACUCCGAGGGAAUUUGCCUCAUCCUGUCGAGGCGACGGCCUUGUUGACGGAUGCGAUUCUGCAUGAUGAUGCUCGGAAAAAUUCGAUAUUCUCGAUUAGAGCUACGUAUUCGGCGGCGUUUUGUCGAUUCGUGACCGGUCUCGUGGACUCCAAGCUCAACGGCCAGCGAAAGACCAUGUUCCAACGAGCCAUUGAUCUGGGAUUACCGGCCUCAUUCGUGGAACUGCGCCACGAGGCUACGCAUCGUGAACUCCCUUCGCUGACGGUGUUGCGGAAUGCUACGCAGCGGUCUCUGGAGUGGCUGUGGGAUUACUACUGGGCUAAGACUGAUCUGAGUGCCGAUAUGGUACCUGGGGUGUCUGAGCCGGGAGUGCUCGAUGGGGCUGAUGAUGAUGUUGAGCCCAUCAAGGCCGCUGUGAGGAGUAGUUUCGAGCAGUUGAUUUCGGAAGAAGAGUCAGAACCGCCUCGGAAGAAGAGACGGUUCCAACAGAGUGUGUCUUCUGCGUCUACGCAUUUGGUAUCUGUAUGCAAGUCUUCUAGUAAUGGGGCGUCUAUGUUAGCGCAGGUUAUUGUGGAGGACUCGAUAUUGGUUCCUACGGAACGAAGGAUUGGUGAUUCCAUGACGGAAACAUUCUCCAAAUGGGAUCCAUUACUGCAGAUGCUGGCGGAAGGCCAUCCUUCAGUUUUGGCAGCGCUGGCGGAGGAAAUGGUGAACGUGCUGGCCUUUUCAGGCUCGAAGAACCUGACCAGUGAUCCCCAUCUCGAAGGAACCUAUAUGUGGCUGGACCAUAUCCUUCGAUCACCGGAAUGGGAAUCUCGAGGGCGGUUACUUUCCCACGCGUACAUUCUCGCGGUUUGCAAGCAGAGUUCUAACCACUGGACGACGCUUUUGGGAGAGAGCAUACGGGAGAAGAACCCGUCCGCUGCAAAGGUCUCAGCGAGUCGGUCCAAGACCGCUGAACUCAAGCAGACUGACGCAGAUCUGAAAGAGCUGACGAAAUUCGGCUGGGAGACCGUAGAUAGCUGGGAUACGCGGCCCUUAGGAAUAGCCUAGCCUGUAUGCCGUAGGAGAGAGAAAUCUGACCCAGCUGUGCCAU